AGCUUCCACAGGGGUCCUGUAAACAACAAUAGAAAUGUAAAAAAUGUAAAUGGUAAAGAUUCUGAAAGCCUCUUUUACUGUUUGAAGCAGAUGUCAUAUAUUACAGUAGUAACAACAAUUGUGCAGUAGUAAUUUGACGGACAUUGGUUUCAUGGGAAAUGUUUAAAGGCUAAUCCUGGACCAUCACAUAAGGAAACAGGGAGGUUAAGAAAUAAUGGAGUCUGUGUAACUACAUGUGUUCAGCAGAUUUGCCGCUGGUUUCUAUGAGCACUGAGUGAUGCAUUGAGCUGUAUGGGGUGGUGAGGUUUUGAUUUGUGCAACUGGUAAACUGCAGUUAGCCGUGAAGCUAGCGGUUCAGUCAGGUUCAUCCUACGCUGUCAGCUCGACUGAAUGACGCUGCUCCGUAAAAGUACCAUUCGUUGAACGAUUAUGCAGCACUGUACCGUCAAAUUAUCGUGUAAAUAUAUUUUUAUAGUCUUGGCAACCAUUUAAGCGCCUAUACAUUCUGACAUAAUAGAGUAAAACGGGUAAAUCUCGAGGCCACGGAUGGAACCGGGGCGGCAGCGUGAGAACCCCCCCGGAUCCGGGGAGCCCGAGACAGGGGAGUGGAGAGAGGAGACCACCGGGGAGGAGGCUGGAGAGAGGGACGCCACCCUGAAAAACAGAAGCGGGGAUGGAGGGAACGAGGAGACUAAGAGCAAACCCGAUAAUUGUGAGUUGGUGGAGAAAGAUAAGGCUGAGUAUGAUGAUGAAGUGGCGCAAUAUGAGGAAGAGUUGGACCCUAGGAUUCAGGAGGAGCUGGAGCACUUGAAUCAGGCCAGCGAUGAGAUCAACAGACUGGAACUACAGCUGGAUGAGGCGAGAUCCAGCUACAGGAGGAUUCUUACAGACUCCGCACGCAAACUCAAUGCUCAGGGUUCUCAACUGGGGGCCUGCAUCGAGAAAGCCAGGCCCUACUACGAAGCCCGAAGACUUGCCAAAGAGGCUCAACAGGAGACCCAGAAGGCAGCGCUGAGGUAUGAGAGAGCUGUCUCAAUGCACACGGCUGCCAGAGAAAUGGUUUAUGUAGCUGAGCAAGGUUUAUUGGCUGACAGGAAUACAUUGGACCCUACCUGGCAGGAAAUGCUAAACCACGCCACAGCCAAGGUGAAUGAGGCAGAAGAAGAGCGUUUGAGAAGUGAGAGAGAGCAUCAGCGUGUCACUCAGCUCUGUCAGGAAGCAGAAGCUCGUGUUCAGACCCUGCAGAAAGCUCUCAAGAGGCUCAUUAUCAAGUCCAAGCCUUACUUUGAGCUCAAGGCUCAGUUCAACCAUAUCUUGGAGGAGCACAAGUCCAAAGUCGUCCAACUGGAGGAACGUGUGGCAAAAGUGAAGACCCGUUAUUCUGUCGCCCUGCGCAACCUUGAGCAGAUCAGUGAGCAGAUCCAUGCACAAAGGGGGCGUGUCCGUGCUGUCAGAGAACGCAACAGAGCCCGUGGCGGGCGAAGCUCUCCGGUGGGGGCGGAAUCUGAAGGUGUAAUCCAAGCUGGGGCAUAUGGGGGGGUGAUUCCCAAUCCUUUAAUGGAUAAUGACUGGGCUGAUCAGGAGAAGACCAGGCAGUGGGUGGAGAAACACAGAGAGGCAGGAUGGGGCCAGAGAGAGAGGGUAGAUAAGGCAGGUUCAGACUCCAUGUCAGUCAUUAGCCUGCAAACCAUUGCCUCCGACCUAGAGAAGUUUGACUCUGUGGAGCACCUUGGUGACAUGAGUGAUGUUGGGAGUAUAAUAGAGGAGAAAGAGGUGGAGAGUGAGAGAGGAUUUAGGGCUGAAGACAGAAUAGUAGCAAGAGAAGUGGCAAACCUCUCGAGACAGGAUAGAGGGGAUCCAGAGAAGGGUGCCACAGGGACUGAUAGACAGCAAAGAGACAAAGAAAGGGAGAGUUUUGUGAAGCAGCACCACAGAAGUGUUAGUUUGUGAUAAAACAAGAAGUUGCCUGUUUCUUCACCCCAAACCUGGAGCACUAAACUUUGCCUGCAGGCUUUCAGGCGAACCUCCCAACUGAUUACAAAUCUUGAUUAAUAUCUUAAACACUCUGUAGAACUUUAACGUAAAGAUGAAUUGUAUAAUUUCUGCGCAACUGUGCCAUCAAAUAGAAUAGAGCGCAACAGCCGUCUUGGUUCCAGAAGUAAUUUUCUCCAUAGGGAUUUCCUUAAAUUCUCAAUUAAAGAGUUCUGAGCCAUGAACCAAACCAACUACAGGUAGCUCCGAGGUGAGUCACAACAUUACAAACUUUGAUUUGAAGCCAGAGGCAUUAGAAAAUUGGUUCAAGGCUGUGUACUUAUCGUCUUUCAUAAGGGAAUGGACUACAGUCCCAUGAAGCAUUGCAAAUGAUGGAAAAAUAUACUAUUGAUUUGAAGUUGUUGAUUAUAAUAAUAGAAACAAUAUAUUUUAAGUUUACAUGUAUUUCGUUUAUUUAGAUAUAGUAGUUUGUUGUUAUGUCAUUCACAGUGCUUCAUAGAAGUGGUUGGUCGCUGCAGAGCUCAUUUGGUGCCAUUUUGUUUGCUGCGAUCCUCUGAUUGGUGGAUCUUUCUUUAGGAUUAUGGGUAGUGUAGUUCAUCAGGAAUUUUCAAAGUUGGAAUAAUGCAGACUGAAGUCUGUACUUGCACACACCACAAGCAAAGCUGUCGAAACCUAUGAGAGACCUCUGAAGAGAUGGAGCCAUCACCUGCUGAGAACAGUAGAAGUGGAGAAAAUAAAAAAGAUAAUGAAGAAAGCUGGUUUGCUGUGGAAGAUAUUUCAUUUACAUUUAUGCAUUUGGCAGAUGCUUUUAUCCAAAGCGGCUUACAGUGCACAUAUUACAGGGACAAUCCACCCGGAGCAACCUGGAGUUAAGUACCUUGCUCAAGGACACAAUGGUGGUGGCUGUGUGGAUCAAACCAGCAACCUUCUGCUUACCAGUUCUGUACAUUAGCCUACUAAGCCACUACAACUCCAGGAUACCCUUGGUUCACUGGACUGAACCAAACAACUGAAGUAGACCUAGCUUGUUUUAAGCCAGAUAUCUUUUGCUUCACUUUGUAAAGUGGGCAGACACCUUAAGACACGUGUGAGCCUAUGGACAUAUGUGUGAUGACCAGUGGAAAUCCUAUGGGCAAAAGGUUGCCAUAAAAUUGACUUCCAGGAUGCUGUAAGAUGUUGAUCAUCAUAUGUGCCUGUGUAUACUUUAAAGCACGAGGUAAUAGAUUUGGGCGAAGGUUUUCUUAUUGAUAUUUCUGGCCAUAAAGUGACAAAGAGUGAACCAGAAUGAAAAGAAACCCUUUAGGCCUGUGUAGCGACAGUUAAAGAGCUGAGAUUUCUGCUGUAUUAAAUGGUGCAAGGAAGUCCAACCCAGACCACCAUAUCAGAAGAAUUGUUCAAUUCUUGAACUUGUCCCCCCUGUACCCAUGCUGACUGGGCUAAGACAUCCAUCUAGCCCAUGUUUACAUAAAAAGAACAUUGGAAAAAGAGCACAGACGUGUUCGGUGUGAACGACCCAUUACAUAUUAGAAAAAACAAUUCGUUUAUGGCGAAAAUGUAUGGGAUAUUUUACUUCUGGAACCUCACUGUUGCGCCCUGUUGCAAAGAUUUCCAAACAGGUUUCCUUUAUGCUCCCCUUAUCUGCCAUUGGUGAAAUAAACCGAUAUUCCCAUCCCAAACUAAUGCAUUGAUUGAGCCAGUGUUGUUUUGUUGUGCUUGACAUGGCAUUAUUGUAACGCUGCAUUAUAGCAGAGGGGUUUCAGAUGUUCUUGUGAAAUUAAUGAAUAACAAUGAGGCAGUACAAACAGGCAGGGGGGUGGGUAUUCAGCCAGUCCGUUGGGACUUUUAGUUCUCACGCUCUGAUGCUGUCUGUUUUCUUUUACUGUUUCACUAUCAGCUCUAUCAGGGGAGAAAAGAAAAAACAGAGAAAAUACAACGAGAGCAGGAAGAACAAGUGAAAACAUAUUGAACACAUUGAAGAUAAAUCUCAAAGCUGGUUGUAAGAACAGUAUCAGGUGCAUUGGCCAUUUCCUCUGUGCUGUACUUCCAAGACCUGCUGAUGUAUGUGAAUUUGGGGGUGUCAUUGCCUCCCUUUGUACAAGUGUAUCUAUCUGACAUUCUUUUCUCAUAGAAUUCAUCAUUUUGUGCUUGUUUCCCAUCUCCAGAUCUUUUUCAGCAAGUGUAGGUAUCUGGAAUGUUUUGGUUUGGCUGUAGAUUGGUAUCUCUGCUUAUUAUGUGCAGUGUAUACCAGAUGACAUCAUGUUUAAAGUCAACGUGAAAUCAAAAUGGGCCCCAUUUACUUCAUUAAUGCAUGUUGCUGGUCUUAUCAGUGCAUGUUCAAAAGGGAAAAAUGUCAUCAAUAUGUAACCGUUCAGAGCGAACUCUAAUGUCACCAUGCUCUCUUAUUUUUCAACCCCUCACAUCCAACCACCUGGUUCCUUUCUGGAAUACCCACUUUUCACAAUCCAAUCAAUUCCCGAUGGAUAAAAUCAAGUACUGUCCUACAUUUUUUCUUGAUGAAUAUCCUGUUUCAAAUUAAGGAAGUAAAAGUUGUUUCAAAUGCCAUUUCAUGUUGACUUUAAGUUAAUACAUUUUUGACAUUUAUAAUAUUCUUUAGAUUUAGAGUACUGUUUUUAUUUUAUUUGUAUCUGUUUAAGAGAUAACUUAUUUAUAUAAGUCCUGUUACGUUAUCGGGUUAAGUCCAUUCACUGAGAAAUGGUACAUGUUUGCAAGUGUGCAAAUCCUGCUAGAUAAUUUUUUUUUAAAACAACCAUGGAGAGACUAAAUGAUGUGUGCUUAAAAACUUGGUUUUGCAGAUGUACUUUGAAAAAUCAUGUAAAAUGCUAGCUGUAUGAACAAACCGUGCUGUGGACCGUACAGUAUUGUUUGCAAGUUUAAAUUUUUUGUUUCUCGAUUUAUUUAUUUAUUUAUUGUCCACAAACCUUGAAAAUGUAUUCUCCCCCAUCAUACCCUGUACAAAUACCUCACCUCAGAAUGUCCUCAUAGUAAAUAGAAGAUGCUCUGUAGAAAUAAUUCAGUAUGCUGCAGUCUCUUCUCCAUCCAAUAGGUUACAUGAAUUUUGUGUAAAUACAAGAUGAUGUAUGAUGAAUACAAACUAGCCUAACGUGACUGAUAAUUUAUUCUGUAAAUGUUAAUUUAUUGCACAGUUAGCUAUAUUAAAACUUGAAUUU